UCUCCAAAGAAUCCAAUCCAAGUUUCCAAGACACAGGUUCUGUUAAUUAAACUUCAGAAUUUUCCCUGUUUAUUUGCACAAUAUAUAUAGUUGCAAUGUUUUCCAUUUUCUCUGUCUGCUACUAGUCUCUGUCUUAGCUUCAUUCUCUCAAUCUAAUUUUCAACAUUCAAAAUCAAACCAUGACAAAAAAGCCACAACAAACAUGUAAUAUUCCAAGCUCAUCAGCAUCUUCUAAGCUUGUAAGACGAAAAGAUUCCCCCGUGAUCUCAAAAUUCAAGCCGAAGAUUCGAAUAAUUCACAUAUAUGCACCGGAAAUCAUAACGACCGACACUGCGAAUUUCAGGGAGCUAGUUCAGAGACUCACUGGGAAGCCAGAAGAUGAAAAGGGAAAAGGCAAGAGCAAAUCCGACACUGCAUCAACCAAGGUUAUGAUGAAGAACUUGUUCGAAGAAGAUGAACAAAAGUUUCUGAAUCUGCAAAAUGAGACAAUGGUAAAUAAUGAAAACCACGAAAAACAAGAAGAUUUAUGGAGAAGAUCAAAGUUAAAUAAUGAAGAGAAGCUCAAUGGUUUUCUUGAAGGAUUCUCUGAACUGGAUGGUUUUAUGGAAGAGCUGUGUCCUGUGCCUGUUGUGGAUCAAAAGUAAUUAAUUAAGGCCUUCUUUUGAUGUAUGUAUAAAUUUUUUGGUCUAUCUCUUCAUCAAUGUUGUUUUAAAUUGCAAAUGCAGUGCGAUCUGCGUUGUGUUUGUUCUUGAACUAGUUUAUUUUAACUUGG